CACGCAAAUACAGCAGAAGCCUCUGUUCGUGUCGACGUGGGGCGGACGACCCAAUUGACUUGUCUCUCUGGGUCAAGUCCAUACUCCAAAGGUGAGAGAUUGGAGCUUUGCUCCCUCGAUAAUGGCCACAUUCCACUCAGCAGAAGCAGCUCGGAGAUCGCCCGGAUGGCCAUGGGACAGUCAAGUCUCCGCAGCCUCAGUUCCGUCUUCCAUUUCUUCUCUGCUAUUUUCCUCUUUACCUCGGUUCACUCCCAUUCACCACUCCUCGGCGUUCACCCUUCAGAUGAGAAGUACUACGGAGCAGAGGUCAUCAAGUGCAAGGACGGGUCAAGAUCCUUCACCAGAGACCGGUUGAACGACAACUUCUGUGAUUGCCUUGAUGGAACUGAUGAACCCGGGACAUCUGCCUGCCCAGCGGGCAAAUUUUAUUGCAGGAAUGCAGGAAGUACGCCUAAGUUCAUUUUUUCUUCUCGAGUAAAUGACGGUAUUUGUGAUUGCUGCGAUGGAAGUGAUGAGUAUGAGGGGCAGACCUGUUGCCUGAACGCUUGUAUCAUGGGUGGGAAUCUCCAGUACAAGCCUGGGAACUAUCUCGAGACAACCCGCAAUACAGUCGAGAUUGAAGGGUCCAAUAGUGCAAAUGAUCACCCUGACUACAUGAUUCAAAAACUGAAAGGGUUGAAGUUUGUGCUAAUACUACAGGUGAUCCUCAUCAGUUUGCUGCUGAUUAUUUGGAUUUUCCGCCGGCGUGCUCGGUCUAAAAGGAGACGUGCUCGUUGAGUGGAUGCAGCUAUACCAAGUAGAUACUGCCAUAUCUGUCAUCGUCACAUCCGAGAACUUCUGAAGGCUAUGAACGAGCCUCCAAUAUAAUUGCUACAGGAUAUGCUCUACUAUUUCAUGAUGCUCAAAAGUGCGCAAGUGGAUGCGGAAAAUCACCUGUUCCUCGUGCGUGAUUCUGCUGGCCAUUCAGCUUAAAACAGGAAGAUCUGAGAAGUGUACGCGGUUCCUGUUCUCGUAUUAAAGUUAUGUGGAAAUUCCAAGGGCAAAACAAUGUCUGGAACAAGAGAAAAUAUCUCUCUAUUUUGCUGUUGACAGUUGUUCAUUUGCUUAAGAUCUUAGGAAUAGAUACACAAAAACCGGCACUGCAAACCAUGUUGCUGCACAUUGCAGUAUUUCUGUAAUCUCUCUCUUUUUGCAAGAAUUUAAUGCAGAGAUAUGGUCUUGCUUCUGCAGGAUUUAGAAAUCCA